AUGGAGGUCUUCAUUGGCCGCGUCCCACCUGGAGUAGGUGUUCCAGAAAUCUCCGACCUUUUUGCCCCGUACGGAGCCACGAACAUUCGUGUUCUGGAUGGAAAGGGCUGUGCGUUCGCAGAUUUCGACAAUCUGGCCUAUGCCGAGCGCGCCAUUGCCGAGCUGAAUGGCUACCAGAUGGGCCAGCAAGGCACGGGUUUGAACGUCAAGCCAGCGACCGCCAAGGUGCCACGAAGCCCCAUGCCCGAGCCAGCGAGGCCAAUCGGACUUGGGAUGCAAGGCCUGGCCCCAAGCCAUUCAAGCCUGGGUGCAGCCCACAACAUUCAGGGCAUUGCGGGCGGGUCCCAAGUAAGCUCGCCUUUCGCUGCACGGCAAGAGACGCCGCAGAUGCAGCCGCAAGUUUUCAUCGGCCGGCUUCCGGUAAAUUGUGAGCAGCGCGAGCUUGAAGAAAUGUUUGGGCCCUAUGGGGCACACUCAAUUAAGCUGCUAGAGGGGAAGAACUGCGCCUUUGCCACUUUUGACACGUGGGCGGCUGCAGAGAGGGCCAUCGCAGAGCUAGACAAGACGCCGAUGCGAGCGGAUGGCAAUCCAGAAGGCAUAAAUGUUAAGUUGGCUGAUGUCAAGGGGGCUCCGAAAGGUUCUCAGCAAGAGCCCAAAGUUUUCAUCGGGGGCCUUGCGCCAAUCGUCACGGACGAGGACGUCCGAAGAGUAUGCCAGCAGUUCGGCACCAUCACUCACAGCAAGAUCUUCACGAAGAAUGACAAGGCGAUGCCUUGUGCCUUCGUGACUUUCUCGUCCUUCACGGAGGCAGAGGUUUGCAUCAAUGCAAUGAGUGGCAAGGGGGACUUGGCAGCCGAGGGUAAGACUCUGGUCGUGAAGAUGGCCGACCUGGCAAAGUCGCGGUCGACACCUCAGCCGCCAGUGCCGCAGAUGCAGGCCUUUGCCCCCGCCCCGAUGCCGAUGCGAGCCGUACCACCGCCAACCAUGCGCGCGGCGGCUCCCCUCCAGCCCUAUUCCCAAUACCAGCAGAACAGCUUCCAGCAGCAAACCUUCCAGCCGACCCACCAGUCCAUGACUUUCGCAGGUCAGGCAGCGCCGAUGGGUAAGGCCAAGGGUGGUGACGAUCCAGUGCCCACGUCCAUGGGGGGCGGCCAGGGGGAGAAGGUCUUUGUGGGUGGCUUGCCAGAAGCAGUGACCAUGGAGUUCGUCUGGGGGAUGAUGGCGCCCUUUGGCCAAGUUGCCGAUGUCAAGAUCCUGCGAAAGCAGGGGGCAUCGCCCUGCGGCUUCGUGCGCUUCGCCCAGCUCGAGGAUGCAGAGCUGGCUGUGGAGGCGCUCCAAAGCUGCCGCUUCACCGUGAAGUUUGCUGACAGCAAGCCGACCCAGAAGCGCAGCUUUGACGAGGCCUUCCGGCCUUUCUGA